AUGGAGGAGAACGUUCCUGCACCGCCGCCCGCAUCUGCAGGCCAACACAAAUCCGCGGGACUGCAAGGCGCACCCGGCAAGGCGGAUCAUACUCCCAGCCGUCCUCUGCGGUCGCUGCAAGUCGGGGCUUCGCAGCGCGGGGGGGCGUCAUCGCAGCGAGGCUGGGGCACGCCAAGAGCAGCACUUGCGCCGCUGACGAGCAACCAGCUCACACCGCUGACGUCACGUCGCACGACAGUGACCAAGACUCCGAGUGCCUCCACCACGGCACAUGGCAGCUCAGACGACUCAAAGAUCCAGUGUUUCUCACUUCGUUUCUCCUCUCCUCCCCACCUCCGUUUCUUCUCACCUCAAUGCGUCCGCCAGCAGGCUCUAAGCCAGGGGAGGGCUCCAGGGCACAGUGUGUUUCGCAGGUCGGGGCCCACCUCGCUCAUGCUCGUGAACCUGACGAUUGUGAGGGUGCGUCGGCCCACAGAAUCCGAGCUGGCGGAGGGCUCUGGAGCGCUGUGUGUGACGGAGUUCCAGCCCACUUCGCUCAAGCUCGUGAACCCGGACAGGCCAGGCGUGGCGAGCAGGGCAGGCGCGGCGGACAGGGCAAGCGAGUCGCAGCUGUUUGAGUUUGACCACGUGGCGGGGGAGGGCGCAUCACAGGACUUGCUUGAGCAAGCAGCCCCCUUUUUCCCCCAUCCCCCCACCCCCCCUCCCUCCACCGCCAGGAGAACCUGCACCUCACAUGCCAUCUUCUCACUCCUCCCCCUCCCCUUACCCCUCACUCCUCUCCUCCCUCUCCUCUCCCCCUCACUCCUCUCCUCCCUCUCCCUUCCCCCCUUAAUCUUCCCCCUUCCUUUCACCCACCCUCACUCCUCUGCUUCCCCUCACCUUCCUCCUCUCCCGCCAGGAGGACCUGUUCGAGCUGGCAGGGCGUCCCAUGGUGGAGAACUGCAACUAUUUGACUUUGAGAGUUCCCAACAACUAACCGGUUGCUGCUCCUUUCUCCUCCCUGUCCGCCCCCUCUCCCUCUCCCGCCAGGAGGAGUUGUUCGAGCUGGCAGGGCGGCCCAUAGUCGAGAACUGCAUUGCCGGCUUCAACAGCACCCUCUUUGCCUAUGGCCAGGUGCGCCCUCCCCCAGGUGCGCCCUCCCCCAGGUGCGCCCUCACCCAGGUGCGCCCUCCCCCAGGUGCGCCCUCCCCCAGGUGCGCCCUCCCCCAGGUGCGCCCUCCCCCAGGUGCGCCCUCACCCAGGUGCGCCCUCACCCAGGUGCGCCCUCCCCCAGGUGCGCCCUCACCCAGGUGCGCCCUCACCCAGGUGCGCCCUCACCCAGGUGCGCCCUCCCCCAGGUGCGGCCUCCCCUCUGUGGUGUAUAGCACCAGCUGCCAGCAUGUGGGCCUGUCGCUCCAUCCUUUCUGUUGUAGCGUCCCUCCUGUCCCUCCUGUCCCUCCUGUCCCUCCUGUCCCUCCUGUCCCUCCUGUCCCUCAUGUCCCUCCUGUCCCUCCUGUCCCUCCUUUCCCUCCUGUCCCUCCUGUCCCUCCUUUCCCUCGUGUCCCUCCUUUCCCUCCUGUCCCUCCUUUCCCUCCUGUCCCUCCUUUCCCUCGUGUCCCUCCUUUCCCUCGUGUCCCUCCUUUCCCUCGUGUCCCUCCUUUCCCUCGUGUCCCUCCUUUCCCUCGUGUCCCUCCUUUCCCUCGUGUCCCUCCUGUCCCUCCUGUCCCUCCUGUCCCUCCUGUCCCUCCUUUCCCUCGUGUCCCUCCUUUCCCUCGUGUCCCUCCUGUCCCUCCCCCUGUGCAUCCUCUUGUCUCUUCGCCCUUUCUUGACCACGGCAAGACAUACACGAUGUUUGGAGCUGACGUGGGCAACACGGCAGACAUGGAGGUCGGCACGAACUGGGGGAUGAGUCCGCGCGUUUUCCACCUGCUCUUUGCCCGGAUGGAACAGGAGAAGCAGCGGAGUAAGGGCUUUGUCUUCAGCUGCACUUGCUCCUUUCUGGAAAUUUACAAUGAGCAGUUGGCUGACCUGCUCAACCCCACCCCCAAGCCCAGCUCCAACCCCAACCCCAAGCCCAACGCCACGCCCAAGCCCACACCCAAGCCCAAGCCUACGCCCAAGCCUACGCCCAAGCCUACGCCCAAGCCUACGCCCAAGCCCACGCCCAAGCCCGACCCCAAGGAUGGCAAACUGGAGAUCCGAGACAGCCUCAAUGGCUUUGUGGACAACCUCACGUGGCAACCGGUCGAAUGCUUCGCUGAUGUCAUGAAGCUCAUCCUGCAGGUGAGUCGGCAAGCCUCAGACACACCUGCAGGUGCAUUUGAACUUCACCCAGCAACCUCCCAUGUCUCCCUCAAAUGCUUUGUUGAUGACAUGAAGCUCAUCCUGCAGUGGACUGGUGAGGGCAGCGAGAAGAGUCUAUCCGCUCGGCUGAACCUUGUCGACCUUGCAGGCUCCGAAAACCCGGAAAAAUCUGGGGCGGAGAAAGAGCGGUUUCAGGAAGCGCUCAACAUCAACUUGUCCCUCCUCCAUCUCGGAAACGUCAUCCACGCGCUGAGUGUGGGGGACAUUCCGGCGUACGGCACCUCGCUCCUCACCCGCUUCCUCCGGAAUUCCCUGGGCGGCAACUCGAAGACCACCCUCGUUGCGUGCAUCAGCCCGGCUUUAGGGUCGAACUAUGAGUCGCUGAACACGCUCAGGUUUGCAGUGAAGGCGAAGGAGGUGUGCAACACGGCAGUGGUGAACGAGGCUGCAGAGAGCCAGCAGGACGCCCUGCAGAAGAAGGUCAAGAGGCUCGAGCGCCUCCCCUCCUCCCCCUCCACCUCGACUCCCUUCCCCCUCCCUCAAUCCCACGCCACCACCCCCGCCACACCCCGCUAUCCCACCACCACUGCCACUGCUGCUGGUGGUUCUACUGGGAUGGAGGAGGUGGAGGGGAUGGUUGAAGGAGAGGGAGAGGAGGAGGUGGGAAGGCUGUCGACAGUGGCGGAGGGGGAGAGGGAGGAGGAAGCAGUGGGGGGGGAGGAGGAGCGGCAGGAGGGAAGUGGGUUGGAUGCUGUGAAGAGUGGUGUGGUGAGUGGGAGGGAUCAGUCAGCGGGAAAGAAGGAUUCAAUGAGCUUUUGCGCCCUUCCCUUCCCUCCCUGCCCUUCCUCCCCCCUCUGCCCUUCCUGCCCUCCCUGUCCUGUCUCCCCUCCCUGCCUUGUCUGCCCUCCCUGCCCUCUCUCCCCUUUUCUUCCUUCCUUGCUCCACCAGGAGGGCAGCAUCAGGAAUCUUGAAGCGGCGUUUUCUGGCACCAAGGGGUUUGAGACUUCCCUUCCCACGGAGGGCAAGGCUGCAGCAGCAGAGCGAGAGAGAGCGGCAGAGCAGGUGGAGGAGGUGAAGAGGGCUAUGGAGGAGAGGGAUGAGGCGGUGCAUUCGGCGAAUGAGCGGGCGAAAGAGGUGGAGGAAUGGAAGGAGAGGGUGCGCGAGGCGGAAAGGAGGGCGGAAGAGUUUGCACUGUUACUGAAGGAAGCAGUGAGGAAGGUGCAGGAGGCUAAGGAAGAAGCAGCAGCGGCGGGGGAGAGAGCGCGAGAGAGAGUGGCGGGACUGGAGGAGGCAAAGAGGAGGAUGGAGGAAAGGGAUGAGGCAGUGCAAUUGGCGGGUGAGCGGGUAAAAGAGGUGGAGGGAUUGGAGGAGAGGGAGCGCAAGGUGGAAAGGAGGGCGGAAGAGUGUGCAUUGUUGCAGGAAGAAGCAGCAAGGAAGGCAGAGGGAUUGGAGGAGAGGGAGCGCAAGGUGGAAAGGAGGGCGGAAGAGUGUGCAUUGUUGCAGGAAGAAGCAGCAAGGAAGGCAGAGGGAUUGGAGGAGAGGGAGCGCAAGGUGGAAAGGAGGGCGGAAGAGUGUGCAUUGUUGCAGGAAGAAGCAGCAAGGAAGGCAGAGGGAUUGGAGGAGAGGGAGCGCAAGGUGGAAAGGAGGGCGGAAGAGUGUGCAUUGUUGCAGGAAGAAGCAGCAAGGAAGGCAGAGGGAUUGGAGGAGAGGGAGCGCAAGGUGGAAAGGAGGGCGGAAGAGUGUGCAUUGUUGCAGGAAGAAGCAGCAAGGAAGGCAGAGGGAUUGGAGGAGAGGGAGCGCAAGGUGGAAAGGAGGGCGGAAGAGUGUGCAUUGUUGCAGGAAGAAGCAGCAAGGAAGGCAGAGGGAUUGGAGGAGAGGGAGCGCAAGGUGGAAAGGAGGGCGGAAGAGUGUGCAUUGUUGCAGGAAGAAGCAGCAAGGAAGGCAGAGGGAUUGGAGGAGAGGGAGCGCAAGGUGGAAAGGAGGGCGGAAGAGUGUGCAUUGUUGCAGGAAGAAGCAGCAAGGAAGGCAGAGGGAUUGGAGGAGAGGGAGCGCAAGGUGGAAAGGAGGGCGGAAGAGUGUGCAUUGUUGCAGGAAGAAGCAGCAAGGAAGGUGCUAGAGGCAAAGGAAGAAGCGGCAAGGAAGGUGCUAGAGGCAAAGGAAGAAGCGGCGAGGAAGGUGCAGGAGGCAAAGGAUGAAGCGGCGAGGAAGGUGGAGGAGGCAAUUGAAGAAGCAGCAGCGGCGGGGGAGAGAGCGCGAGAGAGAGUGAGUGAGAGAAUGGAGGGGCAGGAAGAGGAGGAGGGAGGGAGUAAGAGAUGGGUGGGGGAGGAGGAGGAGGAGGAGGAGGAGGAGGAGGAGGAGGAGGAGGAGGAGGGGGUGAGGGAGAGACUGGGGGUGCAGGAAGAGGAGGAAGUGAGUGAGAGAAUGCUAGGGCAGGAGGCGGGAGUGAGUGAGAGAAUGGGGGGGGAAGAAGAGGCGGAGGGAGUGAGUGAGAGACUGGGCGGGCAGGAGGAGGAGGAGGAGGAGGAGGAGGAGGAGGAGGAGGAGGUGAGUGAGAGACGGGAGGGCCAGGUGGAGGAGGAGGAAGAUACCGGGAGCCCGUUGACGGUGCGCCGGGGAGCAAGAGGAGUGGCGCGGCUGCAGCUGAGGGAGCAAGGGAAGAUGAGGAGGGAGCUGCGGCCGUUCACAGUGGUCGAGGUGGCGUCGCUGGUGGCUGCUGUGGAGGAUAUCGGUACUGGCAGGUGGGUGAGGGUGAGGGUGAGGGUGGUGAGAAGGAUGCCAUUCACUGUGCCUGAGGUGGUGGUGGUGGUGCGCUGGUCGCUGCUGCGAAGGUGCUUGGCGUUUGCAGGUGGGUGA